CUCGAUAGGAUACCGAUGAAGGCGUCGCUAUGUACAUGUGAAUUUUAAUUUCUUCCAACUUCAGACUGCAGACGCGUUUUAGAGUUUGAAAGUGACAUCGGUGACUGGCAUCUUCUCGUGACACGACUUUGUGACAUCGAUUGAACAGGUCUGGCUUGGCGCGUUAUUACACGCUGUCGCAGCCCAACGACUUGCCUGCAACUUUUUCCACGAGUUCUCGAGACGUUCGUUGUGCCGUGACAAAUUGUAAGAUAGUUGAGAAGAAUGACACGCGAUAAAUGCACACGAGGCUCGAGGAAACGCGUGUCACACCUCGGGCGUAAUGGCAUCUAGCGGGGUACGUCAACAGGCCCCUAUACUUACUGGCACACUUUUUGCCGUUGGAGAGGCGAAUAAAAAGAAUUCGUAUUUACCGGCAGAGCGGUGGAUAGCCGCGCGCAGCGCUAGUGCGGCAGUCAGCAGUGACAAGAUGGCGACGCCCAGCGAGCUGUCUAUCGAAGAGAUUCGCAAUUAUUUAUUGGAAAACGGUGGUACUGCACGCAAUCACGACGUGGUGAAGCACUUCAAGAAAUUCUUAACGGAUCCCGAGACACGAGUCGAGGCACGGAAUCGGUUCAAGGAGUACGUAAACACCCUGGCUACUAUAAAGAACGAAGAGGGAGAAAAAUAUUUGGUUCUAAAGAAAAAGUACCGUCAAAAUUCUUUGGACCUUUCGUCUCCGGAGCAAAGCGAAUCACCUAUUGCCACUCCUGACAUUUCCACCCCUGUUUCGCCUCUACGGCUUCCACCCCCGUACCGUCCACCACCUCCUGCACCCCAAAGUCCAUCGUCGAACAAUGGGAGCAGUCAACCCGAGGAAUCGUGUUCGAAUUUCGUACUCGAAGAGGCAGCAAUUAAUGGGGAAAAGAAUGACGUUGACCGUACGGAGACUGGAUUAUCAACGUCAUCUCCUCCGGUACCACCGCGGCGUAAAAGUCAAGAUAAAAUCAAGAUAGAGAAUAAGGAAAACGUGGACAGGAAUAAGGGAGGAUCAGAGGCGGUUAUCAAGGAAGAUGAGGCUGUCGUGGUGAAUCCGGGCUCAACCGAGCAAUUAAGUUUCCGCGAACGGAUGCAACGUUUCAACCGGAUGGCUAGCGAAACCGAUCUUCAAGGCAGACCUAACGGCGCUAUCACUCCCACUAAAAAGCGAUCAGACAAGGGCGCCGACGAGGAUGACAGCGCUUCCGUUGCCUCGCAGCAACUGGACGGGAAGUCACGGGAGUGGUUGGUCAGAGCGGCGCAAGGGGAUUAUCAGGCAUUGGCGAAAUUGGCUGCGGAGGAACCUCGGCUCGCACGGCUCAAGGAUCCAACGUCCGGCUAUACGGCAUUGCACUGGGCGGCGAAACACGGCGACGAGAACAUCGUGAAGCUGAUCGCUGGAACGUACAAGGACUACAUUAAGAGCGUCAACGAGACCACGAAUGGGGGAUACACACCGUUACAUAUAGCGAUGCAGUUUGAUCACGAGAAUAUCUUCAAUCUGUUGGUCCAGGUUUAUGGUGCGAAUCAAGAGAUACGCGAUUACAGUGGAAAGAAGGCCAGACAGUACUUGGUCUCUCAAGAGGCCGCUGUCAGUCAGGACACCUUCCGCAAAAUAAAAGCAAGGAAAAAGCAUGCAGAGAAAGAUCUUGGUUUCCUGCGAAUUGGCUCGCUGAACGUACGCGUGAAACGUACGACGGAAGCGUUCAGCCAGUUCCUGGGUGUGGCAACUAGCAGCGCGAGCAGCAACCACGAGAAGAUACACAAGACCUGGGGAUCGGCGGACAACGUACAGGUGGACCAGAAGGUGAUGCCGCCACCAAAGUACGCGCCCAUCAAGAAGAGGAGGAGUCGACGAGCUCAAGAUUUUAGCGCCUCCAGAGACCAUCAAGUCGCCAGUCAACCCAGCACUCCGUUGCUUCAAGGAAAAGUUUCUCGUUCCAGUAAUUCCAUUCAUCGUCGACCAACGUCCACGACGGCCGUCAACUCCAACACCACGCCGAGGACUCAACCGAACAACGAUUCAGAUUCCGACACCGCGUGCGGUUUCGAUUCCGCAUGGAGAGGAUCCGCACAGUUAUAGUUCGGUUUAUAUUCUCAAGGAACGUGGAGGCUUUUUCGAAUCACGCUGUACCUUACCUCUUUUCUAUCUAUUUCGAUAACAAUAUAUAUUAUUUCAUAAGUUUGAUAUACCAAAAUGAAGAACGAACAAAGUUACAGAAUUAAAUUAACUUAGGAUUUAGAAAGAGAUACGAAUAAUCAAUUAAAGGAAUUUAAGAGCUUUUAUGGUCCUCCAGUUUUUAACAGGGGUUCGCACACAAUGCUUUCUUAACGAUAUUUUUCUACGUUGCAGAGACGUUUGCUGUUAUUAUGGUUAUUGUAGUUUCUGUAAGUGCCUUAUUUAACGAUCAAUCGCUUAGGUUUAACAAUGUGUUCUUUGUACGAAGACCAAAUAUCAAUACUCUUGCGAAAUGAUAACAGGGAUAACGAUUUUUCUAUACAGGGUGUAAUGCGCACAAUUUUAUAGUAGGAUAUUUUUCUUAAUAAUAUGAAACAAUUAAUGUAC